AUGUCAGUCCUCGGCGACGACGGUCUGGGCUAUGAGCUAGCCCGGAAGCUCGAAACGCUAGGUAUGUGGCGCACUUGGCUCGGCGACGGUCUCUACUCUAAUUUCCUUCAUUUCCUCUCUUCUCCUUCCACAUGGUACUCCUUCAUGCGAACCGACGACUCCAAAUCAAAGUCCCAAAUCCAGCUUCAGCUCCGAGCUCGCGCUCUCUUAUAUGACAAAGCCAGCGUCUCUCUCUUUCUCCGACCCAACACUGUUGCUGCGGCUUCUAAGCUCAAUCCAACUUAUUUGCAAUUGCACGGUGAUGAUGUAUACUUCACUUUAGAGGAUGAAGAUCAAAGACGAGAUGGGGUUGGAAUUGGGGCAACUACUAAGAGAUAUAAGAACGAAGAAUUGCCAGAAACAUGGUAUAAUCAGUUUAUGGAAAAGCGUAAACUUAAAAGAAGUUAUAGGCUAUCAUUUGGGGACCGAGAGUCGGACAGACGCUCACCAGAGCAAAUGUCUACUUAUUUUAAACUUCUUGCUAAGCAUAAAAGAAGAUAUGUUGCGUUUAAUAAGCAAGAUCAGUAUUUGGGCGCUGGAAAUUCUUCUCUAGAAAGCACUUCAAGUAUGCGUUCUGGUUCUGUUUCGGAUGGGUCUAACUCGGUGGAUGAUGACUUUGUGUUUUUCCCCGAGACAAUGUUUAUGUUCAACUGUGUGCCCGAUAGUGCAAUCCCACCAAUAAUUAGAGCUCAAGACAAUCAGAAAAUAGAGUUCCGUGGAGUUCUUGAUGCAUUACCUCAGACCAGAAAUCCUGUAAUGAUAGAGAGGCUUGGUAUUAGUGUGGAACAAGGAGGGGGUUUACAUCGUGGGAAAAAUGGGUCUGAAAGCAAUAAAAAACUUCUUGCUCAAGAGCAAGCUUCGCAGAUGUCUCAAAAGGUAGUAGCCCACUUGUUGACAAGAGUUGGUUUUGAUGGUGCAUCAGAAAUUCCUGUGGAAGUCUUCUCUCAAUUGUUCAGGUGUCAUAUUUCUAAACUAGGCCGUAUCUUGAGAAUACUUGCUGAUAGCUACAGAAAGCAGUGUUCAGCAGUUGAGCUACUUAAGAUGUUUCUUCAAACAGCAGGAUUUAAUAAUUUGGGCGUCUUGAUGGAGAUUGUUAAGGAAGGUGCUAGAAAUACUUCUGAACCAACCCAGCAACAAGUACAUGGAAUCCAGUCACAAUUUCAUUCUCAGCACCAGAAUCCUCUUCGACUACCCCAGCAAAUCCCAAGACAAAUGCAUCCGCAGAUGCAGUCAAUGGUUCAUCCCCAAAAUUUGGCAUUUCAGCAACAGCAGUUGGAGAGAAUGCGUAGGCGCCAGGCAUCCACUCCUCGCCCUGGUAUGGAUGUGGACAAGGACAAACCGUUGGUACAAGUAAAGGUUGAAAACCCACCAGAAUCGCCAAUGGAUAAUAAUGCCUUCAAUGCUUUCCAUUCCAGACAAUCACAGAUGCAGUACCGGCAGCAACAAAUUGCUGCAAUGUCAAAUCUCCAUUCUCAAUCUAGCAAUCAGCUUAGGCAGUUGGCAUCCCUGCAAGCUCCGCAAAUGCAGACAUCGAACCAUGGCAUGGUGAGGGCUCCACCAGUGAAGGUUGAAGGUUUUCAGGAAUUGAUGGGUGGGGAUGCGGCAUUAAAACAUGAGGCUGAGGAAAAUAAGCUAACCUCUCCAUCAAGUAAAUAA